CAGGCAUGGGCAACAUUCCUAUGACGCUGGAGCUCAGCCCAGAGCACCAUAUCGUCACCACGCUGCACACCAUUAGGGAGAGCAACGAGCCGGUUGCGCGGAUCGCGGUGGAGCAGCUCUACGACAACGCAAUGAUCGCCGCAGGUUCCCUGGAUGACCCCCGCGUGCUGCUGUCACGGCUGAACAAGGUCCUGGAGAUGUUCAUAUAUCAGGGCGCUGGCUUCGACUACGCGCGCAACGAGUACGUGCAGCGGGAGCCUGCCCCGGCGGCCACCGCCGCCGCCGAGCCGGCGGCCGCGGAGCCGCCCCCGGCCGCGGAGGCGGCCCCAGAGAAGAAGUUCGAGGAGGUCAAGCCCGAGGCGAAGGCCGAGGAGGCCAAGAAGUGAGAGCCUUGGAUGCGACCGCUGGUUGCGAAGUUUUACGGGGGAGG